AUGGGCAACUUCAAUUAUCACGAUGCCGUCGCCGUCGCCCAAAUCAUCUUCUUCGUCAUCUCCCUCGCCUGCGGUAUCCUCCUAUGCACCCGCCACGGCUGGAACAAAUCCUCGGGUUUCUUGAUCCUAGUUACCUUCUCCAUCAUCCGAAUCGUCGGUGCCAGUUUCCGCCUUGCCACCAUUAGCAACCCGUCUCGCUCUAACUAUGUCGGCGCCCUCAUCUGCGAAUCUAUUGGUGUCUCCACUCUCGUCAUCUUGAAUAUCGGAAUGCUCACUCGACUGAACCGCUGCCUCCCCGUACGCCACCAAAUCGGCAAGAAAAUGUUCAGCGUCAUCUCCCUCGUCAGCAUCAUCGCCGUCGGCCUCUCCAUCAAAGGCGGCUCCGACAUGGCCAAGCAGCUCGGCAACGCAGCCCCCAACUCCUUCUCCAAGGCCGCCGUCGUCCUCUUCACCCUCGUCUACGUCGGCGCCGUCGCCAUCUUCGCCCUCCUGCUCCAAGAGCUGCAGGUCGUGCCCCUCGGCGAGAAGCGUCUCCUCGCCUGCUUCGCCGCCUGCCUCCCCUUCAUCGUCGUGCGCCUCAUCUACGCGCUGCUGGCCAACUUUAGCCACGGCCGCGAAUUCUCCUCCAUCAACGGUAACCCCACUAUUUGGCUCUGCAUGUCGGUCGUCAUGGAGUUUAUCGUCGUCACGAUUGUGAUUGGCAUCAGCCUCACCCUCAAGAAACUCGAAAAGCCUACCAAGGCCUCGGAACCUACUUACACAUAA